AAUAUUAACAUUAAGUUAGUGUUGAAUACAAUAACACGUAAUACUAAUCAUCACAUUAUUUGAUCCAUUUCUGUGAUAUUCAGUCAAAAUUAUUUGUUUAUUUAUAGCCAUUGAUUAUCGUCUCUAUUGUUGUCAACAAUGUUUUGGUUUACUGGAAGUGUUAACGAAGCCAUCAUUAAGUCUAAGAAUGAAAAGAAAGUGUUUGUUGUUUUCAUCAAAGGUGAAGACGAAAGAUCUAUUAAAAUGAAUGCCAUUUACGAUAGUCUGUCGACAAAGUUGUCUGAAUUGCCAAUAAUUGGUCUUAAAUUGGAUUCACAGUCAGACAAUUGUAGACUCUUCUCACAAAUCUAUCCAAUUCUGGUUAUUCCGAGUACUUAUUUUAUUGAUGCAAAAGGCAUUGCAAUUGAAAUAAUUGCCGAUAUUAUUGAAGACACAAAUGUUUUAAUGGAAAAAAUCAAUAAAACUAUUGAUAUUUUUAACAAUAGUUUAUCAAUUGAUGAAAUACCAAAUCAAAUGCAGACAAGUGUUUCAAGUCAUACACCGGUUGCCAAUAAUUUGGUUACAAAUAUGACAACUAAUAAUAAUGAUUCCACUUCUUCAUUCAUAACCACACCUACCGCUUCUUCAUCAACAACAGAGAGUUCUGCGAUUGAUUCAAAGGUUGAACGCGCGAACCAAUUGAUUGAAGCGAUUCGACAAAAGAAGGCUAAAGAAGAGGAAGAUAGAGAAAGAAAGGAUGAAAUCGAGAGAAGAACUAAUAUGAAAGAAAUGUUGAAUCAGAAACGUAUUCGUGAAGAUAAAGAAGCGCUCGAAGCGAUUCAAGAAAGAGAACGCGAUAAAAGAGAAGAGAAAUUGGCCCGACAGAGGGUUUUGGCACAAAUUGCUGCGGACAGGGAGGACAGGAAAGCUAAGUUUCAAACAAGUAAUGAAAAGACAACAAAUGUUGGAUCAAAUGAAUCGCAAUCUAAUGUUAGUAAUGAGCAGCAGAUUAGGCAUAGAAAUGACACCAAAGCUCGCAUUCAAUUCAAAUUGCCGGACGGCUCGACCAGAAAUAAUAUCUUUGAAGCCAAUGAUACUCUCGAAACUGUUCGACAAUACGUGUCUUCAAAUCUCAAUAUACGAUCCUUUAGUCUCGUUUCUCCAUUUCCUCGAAAGGAGUUCUCAAAUAAUGAAUACAAUGAAACAUUGAGUGCGUUGUUAUUAACUCCUUCUUCUGUUAUAUUAGUUGUUCCCAAAUCUGGAAGUAAUAUUUCGCGAGCGAUCACUUCUCCAUCAAUUGUAUCGCAAUUACUUACAUAUCUUUUUACACCAUUUGUGAUGCUUUGGAGUUUUGUAACCAAUUUGUUUGGAUCUAAUACUAACAGCACUUCUAAUCAAACCAAUGCAAACAUUGAUCCAAACACUAGUAAUAGGAGACCUGAAAGAGUAAAACCAAAACAGUUUUACAAUAGAGAUGGAAAUGUUGCGCGAAUUAGUGGUAAAGAGGAUGACUCAGAUGAUAACAAUACAUAUAAUGGAAAUUCAACCCAACAAAUGUGAAAUCAUUUAAUUAGUGGUCUAAUUAUUUUUUAUUAUUAAAAUUAAUAUAUUUAUUCAGUAUA